AUGGCGCCCUCGCUGGAAGAGCCCGAAGCCGUCCAGGACGUCCUAUCGAACCCGUUAAAGUCGAAGCCCCAACUCGUCGCCCCCGAGCCAGAGCACUGCCCCGGUCCCGAGUCGCAAGCCGCCGGCAAGGCCGACUCGUGCGCCGGCUGUCCGAACCAAGCCAUCUGCGCCUCGGCGCCCAAGGGGCCCGACCCCGACAUUCCGCUCAUCUCGGCGCGGCUUUCGGGGAUCAAGCACAAGAUCUUGGUCCUGUCGGGCAAGGGCGGCGUCGGCAAGAGUACCUUUACAAGCCUGCUGGGCCACGCCUUUGCGACGCGCGAGGAGAGCAAUGUCGGCAUCAUGGACACGGACAUUUGCGGCCCUUCGAUACCCAAAAUGAUGGGCGUCGAGUCGGAAACAAUACACGUGUCGGGCACGGGCUGGAGUCCGGUCUGGGUGACGGAUAACUUGGGCGUCAUGAGCAUACAAUUCAUGUUGCCGAACCGAGACGACGCCGUGAUAUGGCGCGGACCGAAAAAGAAUGGACUCAUUAAGCAGUUUCUUAAAGAUGUAGAGUGGGGUGAUUUGGAUUUCCUCUUGGUCGACACACCUCCGGGAACGAGCGACGAACAUUUGAGCGUCAACAGCUUCUUGAAGGAGAGCGGCAUUGAUGGCGCAGUCAUGGUCACGACGCCACAAGAAGUUGCGCUGCUAGACGUGAGGAAAGAAAUCGACUUUUGUAGAAAAGCAGGCAUUCGCGUGCUUGGCCUGGUUGAAAACAUGAGCGGGUUCGUGUGUCCAAAUUGCACGCACGAGAGUCAAAUAUUCAGAGCUACGACUGGUGGAGGCGCGGCAUUGGCAGCAGAAAUGGGCAUCCCUUUCCUGGGAGAGGUACCAUUAGACCCGAGGAUAGGAAGAUCCUGCGACUAUGGAGAGAGUUUCUUUGACGCCUUUCCUGAAAGCCCAGCUUGCAAAGCUCUGAAGAGAGUUGUACGCGGGCUAGGAGAUCAACUGGGAUUAGAUCCGCAGCACGUACUCCCAGACGAGUGA